UUCUCCAUGGCUUUUACGUUGGAGUGCGGCAAUGCAGCUGGGAAUCCCUUUGCACAAGAAAUGGUUUUCGGCGUGCUCGGCGGCAAAAAUUUCUCCUGACAUUGCAUCAUAUAAAAUCUGAGACUGAUAUCGAAAGUUCUCUAACGCGACUCAUGGCUUGACGAUACAUUAAGAAGUCUCCGUUCAAUGGAUCAUCCUCGCCCCUGCUGAUCUCUGAAUUCCUGCUCGAUUGUUAACGCAAUCACCUAUGCCUUCUCCUAUCGUCGAAAUAUACGCACCUCUCAUGGUCGGAGCCUUUGUGACUUCGGUUCUGUACGGUGUAACUGUGAUGCAGAUGUACAUUUACUAUCAAACCUGUCAGAGGGAUCCUCGAUGGAUGAGACUGUUUGUGUUAUAUCUCUUAUUGGCAGAGACAACGAACACAAUCCUUGACGUGGGUAUCGUCUUCGAACCAUUGAUUUUGAGAUAUGGUUCCGAAAUCCCGUUGAUACGGUCGCCAUUGCUACUGCGCCCGGAUGGAGUAAUGACUGUCCUCAUUUCGACUCCCGUGCAAAUGUUUAUGGCAUGGCGCAUCAGAAUCAUCGCGCAGUCCAGGAUACCGGCUCUUGUGAUUGUAGCAUUUUCGUUGACUGCUAUGGCUGGUGGAAUCUGGACGACGGUCUCGGUCAGUCUUCAACCCGAUUACGAGCAAUUCGCAGAUUUCCGGGCUGCGCCGACAACAUGGCUACUAUCCUCAGCCGUCACUGAUAUAUUGGUUUCUUGUUUUCUGGUAUAUUCACUGUCGACAAAGAGAAACGAUUUCAGCAAUGAUAUUAUCACACGGCUUAUACGCUACAAUGUCCAGACUGGCACAAUUACAGCUCUAGCUGCGCUAGCUGACGCCAUCGUAUUCAUGACUGGUAGGACAGUUACUGUAUUUUUCAGCUGGGAUCUCUGUAUUGCGAAGCUCUAUUCUCUUUCGUUGUUGUCGUCCCUGAACGCCAGGAGCAGCGCCAAAGCCUUAAAGGCCUAUGAACCCAAUCCACUCUUCAACUCUUCAGAAGAAUCAUCGGCAUCUGCUUCACUACAUUUCAGGGCGCCACCCUUAAUGAAUAUGACGACCGACGACAAUGUCUAUGAGCUUCGGAGUGUAUCAGGUCCCCAUUCGAAGGGAGACUUGGAGGCACCAGAAAUAUAUGUCGAGCAGGAAGUGUUCAGCAGACGAGACAGUAGUGCCUGAUACCUUUCGCCUAUAACCGUUUGACCCAGGUGCGGAAGGUGCCUCAUAGACAUUACUUUCUGCAGUUUGAGCUGCGCCAUCUUUUAAUA